AUAAUCCCUUAAGUUGUAUUCUAUGUUAUGCGCUCUCUCUUUUGCUCUCCGCCGUUACUAUUCUUUUCAUCCUGCUCUCUUUCUCCUCUCCAAGCCUUCCUUCUCCUCCCCUCUCCGCCUCUUUUCCGCCUUCACCAUGGCUUCUUCUCAUCCCAAAGACGAAGCCUAUCUCAACCAAGUUAUCAAAAAGCGCAUCAAACUCUUCCAGUCCCUCCAGUCUCAACAGCAGUCUCAUCUUCUGUCCCUCCCGCACGAUCCACUCAAGGUCACUUUGCCUGAUGGGUCAGUUAAGGAAGGGAAAAAAUGGGUUUCGACCCCUAUGGAUAUCGCCCAAGGAAUUUCCAAGAGUUUGGCUGCCAAUGCAUUGAUCUCAUCGGUCAAUGGGGUUUUGUGGGAUAUGAAUAGACCUUUGGAAGGUGAUUGUGAGCUUAAGAUUUUCACUUUUGAUAGCGAUGAAGGUCGUGAUACUUUUUGGCACUCUAGUGCUCACAUUCUUGGUCAGUCCCUUGAGAGCAUAUAUGGUUGCAAACUUUGCAUUGGGCCCUGUACCACAAGAGGGGAGGGUUUCUAUUAUGAUGCAUUUUAUGGUGACUUGGGCUUGAAUGAGGAUCACUUCAAGCAAAUUGAAUCAGGGGCUUUGAAAGCUGUUGCGGAAAAGCAACCUUUUGAACGCAUUGAAGUGACAAGGGAACAAGCCCUUGAGAUGUUUUCUGAGAAUAAUUUUAAGGUUGAGAUCAUCAACGAUUUGCCUGCAGAUAAAACUAUCACAGUAUACCGAUGUGGUCCCUUGGUUGAUUUGUGUCGUGGACCUCAUAUUCCCAAUACUUCUUUUGCAAAGGCAUUUGCAUGCAUGAAGGCUUCUUCUGCAUACUGGAGGGGAAACAAAGAUCGUGAGAGUUUACAAAGAGUUUAUGGUAUAUCUUUUCCUGAUCAGAAACGUUUGAAGGAAUAUAUCCGUCAGAUAGAAGAAGCAAAGAAAUACGAUCAUAGAUUAUUAGGUACAAAGCAGGAACUUUUCUUUUGCCACCCCCUCAGCCCAGGAAGUUGGUUCUUUCUUCCUCAUGGUACUCGAAUUUACAACAAACUAAUGGGAUUUAUACGAAAUGAAUAUUGGAAAAGGGGUUAUGAAGAGGUUAAGUCACCCAACAUGUAUAAUAUGAAUCUUUGGGAAACAUCUGGCCAUGCUGCAAAUUAUAAGGAGAAUAUGUUUUUGUUUGAGAUUGAAAAACAAGAGUUUGGACUGAAGCCUAUGAAUUGCCCAGGGCACUGUUUAAUGUUUCAGCACAGGGUUCGUUCUUAUAGAGAACUACCUCUUCGCAUGGCUGAUUUUGGGGUCUUGCAUCGAAAUGAGGCUAGUGGGGCACUGACUGGGUUAACUCGUGUCAGGAGGUUUCAGCAGGAUGAUGCUCACAUUUUCUGCAGAGAAUCCCAGGUAAAAGAAGAAGUUAAAGGUGUCCUGGAGUUCAUUGAUUAUGCUUACACUGUGUUUGGGUUUACUUAUGACCUAAAAUUAUCUACGAGGCCAGAGAAAUACCUUGGAGAUUUGGAAACAUGGAACAGAGCUGAAGCUGCUCUUACAGAGGCUUUGAACCAGUCUGGGAAGCCAUGGCAGAUAAAUGAAGGAGAUGGGGCAUUUUAUGGUCCGAAGAUCGAUAUUAGUGUAUCUGAUGCAUUGAACAGGAAAUUUCAGUGCGCAACAUUGCAGCUUGACUUCCAACUUCCUGAGCGCUUCAAGUUGGAGUACUCAGCAGAGGAUGAAGCCAAGAGGGAGAAACCUGUUAUGAUACAUAGAGCUAUCCUGGGGUCUGUUGAGCGAAUGUUUGCUAUAUUGUUGGAGCACUAUAAGGGCAAAUGGCCUUUCUGGCUUAGUCCCCGUCAAGCAAUUGUUUGCCCUGUGUCAGAAAAGUCUCAGCAAUAUGCAAUGCAGGUCCGGGAUUGGAUUCAUGAAGCUGGUUAUUAUGUAGAUGUUGACAUGACAGAUCGAAAGAUUCAGAAAAAGAUUCGAGAAGCUCAGUUGGCACAGUACAACUUUAUAUUAGUUGUUGGUGAAGAGGAAAUGAACACUAAGAAGGUGAGUGUGCGGGUGAGGGAUAGUGGAGAUUUCAGUGGAAUGAGCAUAGAAGAUCUACUCAAUCACUUCCAGGCAGAAACUGAGGUUUUUCAUUAGGAUGAUGCGACUCUAUCAACUUAACAUGUGGAACAUCAAUGGUGGGAUUGGUUUCUUCCCUUGUAUUAUUUACAUCUCUGCUGCCUCUUGAUUGGCUUUUUGGACUUGUAAGCAUUUUGUUUGGAGAAAUUACACAUACAUCCUGUUUUACUUUAAACCAUCGUCUUCCCUUCAUCUUUUUAUUGUUUAAAUAACAUUGUUGUUUAACAUUUCUUCUGCCCUCAUAAUUCUAAAUUUUAUAUCAA